UGCGGGGCAGUUCCUCCGCCCAGCCGGUGCCGAGUGGGGAUCGUGGGCUCCGGAGGGCGCAGGUGACCCACGGGGUCGGGCUCCGUUGGGCGGGCCACGUGCCUGCCGGGCCGCCUAAAGGGAGGGGUGCGGAGAGGGGCGCGGGGGUGCGCCCCGGCCUCGGCCUGCGUGCCGAUUCGCUUCCUUCCGCCCGCCCAGGCUCGCCCUCCCCGCAGAUCGGCCUCUACCUCCUGCCUCGCUCGCCGCUGCCUCCCUCUCCGCCCCGCGCGCGCUCCUGCGGCUCUUCCUCUUGAGAAUGGCCCAGAAGGAGAACGCCUACCCGUGGCCCUAUGGCUCGCAGACGUCUCAUUCGGGUCUGAACACCCUGCCCCAGAGAGUCCUGCGGAAGGAGCCUGCUGUGACCUCUGCCCUCGCCCUCAUGAACCGGUCCAAUGUCCAGUCCACAGCUGCCCCUGGCCAGAAGUUGGCUGAAAAUGUCAGUCGGGGCCCCACUGCCUUGCGGUCCCUCACUAUUGAUGACUUUGAGAUCGGACGGCCUCUGGGCAAAGGCAAAUUUGGAAAUGUGUACUUGGCUCGGGAGAAGAAAAGCCAUUUCAUCGUGGCUCUCAAGAUCCUCUUCAAGUCUCAGAUCGAGAAAGAGGGAGUGGAGCACCAGCUGCGCCGGGAGAUCGAAAUCCAGGCACAUCUGCAACAUCCCAACAUUCUUCGGCUCUACAACUACUUCUAUGACCGCCGGAGGAUCUACUUGAUACUGGAAUAUGCCCCGAGGGGAGAGCUCUACAAGGAACUACAGAAGAACCGGACUUUCGAUGAGCAGCGGACAGCCACGAUCAUGGAGGAACUGUCGGAUGCGCUGAUGUACUGCCACAAGAAGAAGGUGAUUCACAGAGACAUAAAACCCGAGAACCUGCUGUUAGGUCUCCAGGGGGAGCUGAAGAUUGCGGACUUCGGCUGGUCUGUGCACGCCCCUUCCCUGAGGAGGAAGACCAUGUGUGGCACCCUGGACUAUCUGCCCCCAGAGAUGAUUGAGGGGCGCACGCAUAACGAAAUGGUAGAUCUGUGGUGCAUCGGGGUGCUCUGCUAUGAACUGAUGGUGGGGAACCCACCCUUUGAGAGUCCUAGCCACAGUGAGACAUACCGUCGGAUUGUCAAGGUGGACCUGAAGUUCCCCCCUUCUGUGCCUGAGGGGGCCCAGGACCUCAUCUCCAAGCUGCUCAAGCAUAACCCGUCAGAACGGCUGCCGCUGGCCCAGGUCGCUGCUCACCCUUGGGUCCGGGCCCACUCCCGGAGGGUCCUGUCUCCCUCGGCUCUUUAGCCUGCUUCUUGGUUUGGUCCCUGUCGUUGGCUCGGUUUUGUUUGUGUCUCUGUGUAUGUGUUGGGGGAGGGGGAGGGUGGUUCACAACUGUCCCCAACUCCUGUUCUAGGGACUCUGACCCCUCUUCUGGCCUCCACAGGCAAAACCAGGCAUACAUGUGGUGCACAUACAUGUAGGCGAAACAUAUAAAGUUAAAACAACAACCCAAACAGAGCUGGAGAGAUGGCUCAGCAGUUAGGAGCACUGGCUGCUCCUCCAGAGGACCUGGGUUCAAUUCCCAGCACCCACAUGUCAGCUCACAACCGUCUGUAACUCCAGUCCUGGGGAAUCUGGAGCUUUCUAGCCUCUGCAGGCACUAGGCAUGGAUGUGGUACACAUAUAUGCAGGCAAAACACCCAUACACAAUUAGAAUCUGAAGAAAUCGUGUAGCCUGAUUUCCUUCAAUUUUCCAAAUUUGAAUGUUGUUUUAAAAAUACCAUAUGCCAAAAAUGCAUCUAAUGUAGUUUGUGAAACAUGCUUAGCCCAGCCUAUCUUAAAUUCAAAAAAAUUAUG